AUUAUUCUUAAAAGUAAAUCGAGUAUGAUGUAUUGUGUAUAUUGGCACUCCGUAAUGUUCUUAAAAUUUUACUUUAUAUCCUAAAAGUCUUAAGUAAAGUCGUACACAUCCUAUUAAAUGAUUGUGUUUGGUAAAAAGAUUCGCUUACCAUCCCCUCUACAUUCGAGUAAUUAAAUCGGGGGAUUAAAAAAGUCUUGUAAAACUUAUGGAGGUCCAAAUGGACAAAAACCAAAACCUUGACCCAAUAAAAACAAGACUAGAGUUCCAGAACAAUCCACGUGUUAACCUCUUAAAAUUUCUCUAUUUUUUUUUUUUAAGUUCUCCCGCCACUAACCCAAAAAUUUCAAAAAAAUUAAAAAAAAACCCAAAGCUUCUCCAACACUACAAGUCUACAACUAUUUCUUUCUCUCUCCUCUGUUUAACUCUCUCUCCAAAAUUCCGCCAUUUUCAAGCUCUCACAAAAACUCUGUAAAAAUGAUGUACGAUUCAUCUAUCUUCUUCGGAAUCCGCUUCUUCCUUGCUGGAUUCACUCCUCAACAAAUCCUCGAGUAUAAAUCGAGGAUUUUGAGUGAAGGAGGAGUUAUUUAUGAUGAGUAUAGUCCUGAUUGUACUCACGUCGUCGUCCACAACAUCGCAUUUGAUGAUCCUAUUUGUGUUACUGCUAGAAGGGACAAGAAGACGCUUGUAACAAUUAUAUGGCUUAAGGACAGUUUACGAUACGGAGAACCGAUUGGCAUUGGUAAUAUUAUGUAUAGGCCACUGAAGGAUCUGAAUGGAAUUCCUGGUGCUAACAAGCUUGUCAUCUGUUUGACUGGAUACCAAGGGAUGGAUAGGGAAGACAUGAAGACGAUGGUGCAAUUAAUGGGAGCACAAAUUUCUAAACCACUGGUGGUGAGCACAGUUACUCAUCUUAUAUGCUACAAGUUUGAAGGGGAGAAGUAUGAGCUGGCUAAGAAAAUGAACGUUACAAAAGUUGUCAACCAUCGAUGGUUGGUAGAUUGCCUAGAGGCUUGGAAAAUUCUUCCAGAGGAGCCUUAUAGUAGUAGAAGUGGCUAUGAAUUAGACAUGGAAGCUGAGGCUAAAGAUUCUGAAGACGAGGUUGAAGAUAUUUCUGGAAGAUACAAUAAUGGGAUUACUAUAAUGCAAAAUGAAAUGGGGAAAGCCCAUAGUCAUUUUGUGAUUGCAAGGAAUUUGCCAGAUCCUUCUACACAACAAGGGUUCUCUCAUAAUGAUGGAAAGUUGCUGCAGUCUGAUAAUUCUGAUUUUGAUAAUGUUAAAUUUGAUAAUGGUGAUGAACAAAGAGCUGCGUUUCCUCCAUCUAAUCAGACUGGAAAUGGCCACCCCUCUACUUAUGGAAAUCCAAAGAAUGCUGGUGAUUUUGAUGCUGAGAAUUUUAAUAGUCUAAAACACUCAAGGAAGACUCCACAGAAAACUGCUCUUCCGUUGCAUGUUGAAGAGGGCUUGGGGAACACAAUUGGAUCAUUAAAAGCUCCAUUGAGCUCAAGAAAAACUCCAAGGUCUGGGGCUUCUUUGCAAACUGCAGGAAAGUCUGGCAAGUCGGGUGGGAGAUCGAAAGAUAAAUCAACGAAAAAGAUAAUUGAAGACAUGCCUACCUUUAAUCUGGACAUAGACAAGGCAGAAGUUGCUUCAGGUUUCCUUGGUGAACCAAGUUCCAAAAGACAUGUUGAAUCUGAUGUUAGCAAGCUUAAUUCUUUGAAAUCAAGAAAAUCACCAGCAAAGUCUAGUCUCUCCUUGCAAUCACCAGGAAAGUUGAGCAAUCAAGAUGGAAAAUUGGAAAUUCCUCUUGCUGAAAAGGUGAUUGCUGAUGUGUGCACCUCCAAUAUAGGGUCAGACCAAGGAAAAGCUACUUCCGAAUUUAGAGCAUUAAGUGCAGAGAAGGCUAAUUUAUUUGAUGAGAACGGUCCGGGUGCUUUUCUUCCACAAAAGAGGACUUCAGAUGGUGCUUCUCACUCUACUCCCAAAUCUCAGAAGUUAACAUCUUCAGCCAGUAAACGAGUUGAUGCAUCAGAACCUAGAACCAGCGUGAAUUCUUCUCAUGAGAAAAGGAGUAGUGGUGCUCUUAAUUCUGGCUGCCAAAUAGGAGAUGAGUUUGCCACACCAUCUGCAGGCAGGUCAUCUCCUAAUGUUUCAUCUUCCAAGCUCAAAGCAAAGACCGUUGCUUCCUCUAGAUCUUUGGCUUUCGAGAUGCUGCAAGGCGGUGACCCUAUGAACACAGAUUCUCCAAACCCUCUUACCAAUAGUGUUUCUACUUCACCAGUUGCUGGUAACAACAAUGGGCAACCCCAGACUCUGCAGAAAGUCGCUGAUACUUCUCCUGGCACCAAUGACUUAGAGGCUGUGAGGUCUGGUAAUCUCGAGCUUAACUCUACUGAUCAAAAUGAUAUUCCAAAGCCAUCAAGGAAGAAAAUGGUGGCUAGGAAGACUUUGGGUUCCAAAUCUAAAGUAUGUAGACGAAGUGCUGAUGUUCAGAGAAGUUCUGCCAGCAAAGACUCUUUUCGAGAUGAUGCAGCCAUACACUCAGCUGGUCAGGAAAAUAAAGAGCCACCUACAGCUUCACCUGCUGCUGAUAAAGUUUUUGUGCCCCCUGCAGUAGAAGAGUCAAAUGGUGUGGGUUCAAAGCCUCACCUGGGUACUGAAAGCAAUAAUUUUGCUACACUUUUAGAUGAUGAAACCGAAGCUCCACCAGAAUUAAAUGUGGAUGAUGAACCAUUGGCAGCUGAGCAGUCGCAUUUAGUGAAAUCAAAAUCCGGAGAGGCAUCUGGCAUGCUGAUUCAUCAAAUAGAUGGGCAGGGAAUGCCUGUGGCUGCAACUGUUGGUAUAAAGAAAAACUUGAUUUCGCAGAAGGGAUUGGCUGUUAAAGCUAGGAAAAAGUCUCUGCUUGCUGCAAAGGAUGCUGCUAAAGAUGCAGAUGAGGCUGAAGCCGGAAAAGUGAAGGAACAAGUUGUUGGUGCUGCUGCAAAAAAAAGACAUGGUACUCUGUUGUUGAAUAAGUCAAAGAGGCCUGUUGAAGCGGGAAAAGAAAUUGAACCCAUUUCUUAUGAUCGUGUUGAAGUAGGAAGAGAACAUGAACUUGAUUGUUAUGAUCAAUAUGAAAAUAAGGGUGGUAAACAUUCAGGGAAGUUAGCUGUGAAGAAUAGGCGUGGAACUCUACUAUCAAACAGGUCAAAGGGCCAUGAUGAAGUGGAUAAUGAAAAUAACCUAGUUGUUGUUUGUGACGAUGGUCAAAAUGGCAGUAAAAAUUGCCCUGCAGAUCUGGCUGCUCCUUCCAACAUGACACUGGACAAUGUGGAAAUCAAAAAGAAAAAUGACACUGGUGUUUGUAAUGACCAAGGCACAAGCAAGGUUUCAAAGUGCUCUGGGAAGUUAAAAAUGUCAGAUGGCCCUGCCGAAGCAGAAAUGGAAAAUGAGCCGGUCCUUGAUGGUGGACAAUACCCUAGGAAGAAGGUUGGUGCACCUGGCAUCUUAGAUAGUUCUAUGGAGGUUGACAAAGAAAACGAACCUAUCCUCGCUACUAAUCUAGAUACUAGUAAGGGUGUAAAACGUGCUGGUAAAUUAGCAGGGAAGAAGAGGGGUGGCACUCUAGUGUUAAACAAGUCUGAGGGGCAAGUCAAUGAGGAGAAUAAGAAUAAGCCAGAUCUUGAUGAUGAAGAAGUUACAAAUAAAGAUGGAAUAUUCACUGAAAAGCUGACCAGUAAGUCCAAUUCGACAGUUAAUGAGAGUGAUGCUGUUAAGGGUGGGAAACGUGCUGGUAAAUUAAUUGGGAAAAAGAGGCGUGGCACCUUAGUUAUAAACAAAUCUGAGGUGCAAGUCAAUGAGGGGAGCGGAAAUAAAUUGGUUCUUGAUAAUGAAGUUGAUACAAGUAAUGGAAUUGAGAAGCUCACCAGUAAGCCCAAUUUGACAGUCAAUGAGAGUAAUGCAGCUAGCAAGGGUGGAAAAUGUGCUGGUAAAUUACCUGGGAAAAAGAGGCGUGGCACUCUAGUAUUAAACAAAUCAGAGGUGCAAGCCAAUGAGGAGAGCAGAAAUAAAUCGAUUCUUGAUGGUGAUGAAGAUGCAAGUAAUGGAAAGGAGGAGCUGACCAGUAAGUCCAAUAUGAUAGUCAAUGAGAGUGAUGCAGCUGUUUCAAAUCCUUUGAACAUUGAGUUGAAAAAGGUUAAAAAUCAAGCAGCAUGUUUCAUACUUUGUGGACAUAGAUUACAGAGAAAAGAGUUCCAACAACUCAUCAAGCGUCUCAGAGGAAAAGUAUGCCGAGAUUCUCAUCAAUGGUCAUAUCAGGCUUCACAUUUUGUUGUUCCAGAACCAAUCCGUAGAACAGAAAAGUUCUUUGCUGCUGCAGCAUCUGGGAGUUGGAUUUUGAAGACUGAUUACUUGACUGCAAGCAGUCAAGCCGGAAAGUUCUUGCCCGAGGAACCUUAUGAGUGGCACAAUAGUGCCCUCAGUGAAGAUGGUGCUAUUAGUUUCAAGGCUCCAAGAAAGUGGCGCCUUCUAAGAGAGAAGACAGGUCAUGGUGCUUUCUAUGGCAUGCAAAUUGUAAUAUACGGAGAAUGCAUCGCUCCACCUUUGGAUACCUUAAAGCGAGUGAUAAAGGCUGGAGAUGGGACUAUCCUAGCUACUUCUCCACCUUACACCCGUAUUCUUGAAUCAGGGGUGGAUUUUGCCAUUGUUAGUCCUGGGAUGCCACGCGUUGAUAUAUGGGUACAAGAGUUUCUCAGACACCAAAUUCCUUGUGUUUUGGUUGAUUACUUGGUGGAGUAUGUUUGCAAGCCUGGAUACUCUCUUGAUAGGCAUGUUCAAUAUAAUACUCACGAGUGGGCUGCUAAGUCAUUUUCAAAGCUCUUGAGCCUGUCAGAAGAGGUUGUAGCCGAUGCUGCUACACCACCAGAUGAUCAGGUUAGUGAUGACCUAGCAUGUCAAGUUUGUGGCUCAACUGAUAGAGGGGAAGUCAUGUUAGUUUGUGGUGAUGAGAGCGGUUCCACUGGCUGUGGAAUCGGAACUCACAUUGAUUGUUGUGAUCCUCCUCUUGAGAGUAUCCCUGAAGAAGACUGGUUUUGUCCCAAAUGUACUGAUUAACUUCGUAAAUGUUUAUAUCAGUGAUUUUUCAAAAUGUCAGCAAGGAAGUUGGGAACGAAUAAAGGGAACAUUAUGGGUUAUUUGAAGCUGCGUAUCGCAACUAAAAUCUCGGCCAUUUCACCUUCAUGUACAUCUCCUUAGUAUUGUAAAUUUUUGUAGAUGUUAUAGGGACUAAGAGUCAUGUAAUCAAUGGCUCAAAGCACAAUCUAAGUUAAAAGUUAUGUGUAGUACAAAUGUACAAGUAUCUUUGUGCUUUUGUAUUUUAUCUAGACUAAAUUUUUCAUAUGAAGCUUGUGUUAAUAAUUAUGUUUUACUUUAUAUUUUUGCAUGAUGAAUCUUGAGAUAAGAGAAAGCGUUAUA